GAUUUCUCUUUGCUUCAAGCAAUAGUCCACCAUAUUCCAACGAGAUCGAGAAGCCACAUGUGAACAUUGUAACCCACAUGCUGGCAGUGAUUCGUCUGCUACUGUCAGUUAGUGUCGUUUUUAUCUUUCCUUUUGUUCAAGCAGGAGGCCAUCACACAACUCCGUACAAUGCGGUUGCCAACGUAAAUUGAGAGGAGGCCCCUCAGGUAUUCUUGUCUGUCUGCCAGCUCCUCAUCUGAAGGGAGAAAAUGGUAACCGUCAGUCCGUGCACGGCGUGGAUGCUGAUCACAAGCAUAGUACAUUUAUUCUGUAUUUUUAGCUGCCCUUAACAAGUGUUAAACUGUUCCAAACAUAUUCAAUUGUAUUACGUGCACUAAACUUUGUGUUUGUGGUAACAACAUGCUGUGUUUGAAAAUGAGCUGUGGUUGGUCGCCUUCAACAUGGAAAGUUCUACUAAUUGCUUUUUAUUUUGUGGAACUAGUCGUUACAAAAGCGGCUCACGGUGACGGGGAAAACCGAAAUCCUUUCCGACUUCCUGACGCCAUAUCUCCGAUUCAUUACCAGCUGACUCUUUUGCCCGUUAUUGAAGAAAAUCCUCGGCUGUGUGGCCAUGUUUGGAUCAACGUGACUGUCAACUCACCUACCAAUGCGAUAGUUCUCCACGGACAAGUGCUUCCAGUGGAGUCGGUUGUUUAUGCCGAUGAGGAAGUGACCGACAACGAAGGAUCUCGACUGCUCGUGGAAAGGAUGUGCUUCUCCGGCGUACUUGAUGCGCUGGAUUCGUUGAGCGAUGACAAGCCAAAGAAUCGAGACGACAAAGACAUUGCCCAAUCUGUUCACCUGGACGAAGAUACUGAGCAGAUGAUAAUUAUACUGAAAGAAGAAUUGAUUGUCGGUGCAUUCUAUCGUAUAGGCAUUCUUUACCUGGGAGAGAUAAAUGACGGUGACAACAUUGGAUUCUUCCGUGUCCAGAAAAAACAAGAAGAUAAUUGCUGCCGCCAAAGAUGGAUUGGAUCAACACAGCUGGAAGCUACCCAUGCUCGUAAGGUAUUCCCUUGUUUCGACGAGCCCGCAUUCAAAGCUACCAUCGAGCUCACACUCGGUCAUGAUUCUAAACUUAGAGCCAUCUCAAAUAUGCCUUUAAAUUCGUCGACAUCUUUGAAGACUGUUGAUGACUGGGAUUGGACUACGUUUGAAAGGACACCAAUUAUGUCUACCUAUUUGCUGGCUUGCGUCAUUUCCGAACUCGAGUACUUGGAGACCAGCUACCUGUCGACCGAUGGGCGGAAUAUUACCAUCAGACUAUGGACUGAGAAACCGAAAUUUAGCCAACUCGAUUUGGCCUACCGUUUGGUGCCUACGAUUAUGGAGACGCUUGAAAAUUAUUUCGGGAUUCCAUAUACACUUCCAAAGCUAGAUAUGGUGUCUCUCCCAGGAUACGAUUUGGCUCGUGCUAUGGAAAACUGGGGCGUAAUUGUACAAAGCGAAUCUACUCUCCUUCAGGAAAGUGACGCAAGUGAUCCAAUGGAAAAGGCCAUUUUUGCAAUCACUAUUGUUCAUGAGAUUGCUCAUCAGUGGUUUGGUAACCUAGUAACAUCUCGUUGGUGGUCAGAUAUCUGGUUCAACGAAGGGCUUGCCACGCUAUUUGAGAAUAUUGUUCUCAAUGAGAUUGCCCCUGAAUUGGGAGUGGAUGUCAUUACGGUCUUGUUCUUCCAACAAGCGCUGUUUCACGAUACCCUGAACAUAUCCAUACCUCUGAACUACCCAGUUGAACUCCUGCCAACCAUCGAACAUAAAUUUGAUGGAUUCGCUUACGCCAAAGCUUCCGUGAUUUUUAGGAUGGUUAGAGCAUUUGUUGGGGACGAAGCAUUCAAGAGUGCUCUUCACCGCUACUUUAGUCAGUUCCGAUUUAAAGCCGCUAGCAGUACAGACUUUUGGGCUAUUCUCACCCAAGAGUCCCGCCGUGCAUGCACUCUUUCUACCCGCAAACAUAUUGGCCGAAUUAUGAAGACAUGGACUGAACAGUCAGGUUAUCCUUUGAUUCAAGUUGAUCGCAACCCGAACGGCACCAUCCAGCUUACACAGACGCCCUUUAUUGAUUCGAGCAACCCUUUGACGGAUAACUUUACGGAAACGGUUGCUUGGUGGGUCCCCAUCUCAAUGACCAGUGGCGCUGAUCCGAAAUUCUCUCUGGAAGAUAGAAUACCAGUUGCGUGGCUCACUCCAAAAGUUCCUUCCGUAGCUAUUGAAGGUCCUGACGAUACCAAUGUCUGGAUCUUAGUCAAUCUUCAAUACAGCGGUUACUACCGUGUUAAUUAUGAUCGGCUGGGAUGGGAGCUAUUAUCAGAGCAGCUGAUGCGCAACCAUACGGUUAUUCCACCGUUGAAUCGAGCUCAACUUAUUGACGAUGUUUUCACUUUAUGCCACAUCAAAAUGCUGCCGUACGAAGUUAGUAUGAGGUUGAUCGAGUACCUAGGCCGAGCUGAUGAGGAGACCUUUGUUCGGAGUGUGGCAGUUGGCCAUGUUGGUCGGAUCCAGCAGAUGAUGGCGCUCCAAGGAAUCCAUGAUGAGAAACUUGAUGUAAUGGUUAAGGUUAUGAUGACUUACAUUGUACCUACACAGAAUACCGAGUCCAGAAACAAUUAUAAUUCCGGACAGCUUGAUGUUCAUUGCCAUAGUGAGGACAAAAUAUGUGUUGAUCAUAUUCUUGAUCUCUUCCGUGACUACAUUAACGGCAAUGUGACGACAACGCAAUCCAACUUAAUGAAGAAACACUUCGAAGAUAUUUGGUGCACAGCAUUACGUAACGGAGGUCCUAUGGAAUGGUCUUAUGCCUGGAACAGAAGUCGUUGUGCUUCUACCACAUUGUUGGAGAAAAAAAAAAUUCUAAAAGCAAUGGCUUGCACUACGGAUACAAAUCGCAUCAAGCAAUUGCUUUCCCGGGUUUUUCUUCCAAAGAUUUUGCAGGAACCAAUUGAAACGUCAGUCAUCCUCAACAGUUUUGCGAAGAAUCCUUCUGCGCGAGCGUUAGCUAUGAAGUUCGUAAUGCUGAAUUGGGCGUUCCUCAACAAACAUUUCCGAAAUGCUCCCCGGUUGCGAGAUCUUCUUGUGGCUGUCACGCGGCAUUCCUCCUCACUUCAAGAACUUGACAAGGUGAACGAAUUUCUGGAAGACAAAUCGAACGAGCUUGGUUCCACAGUUAUUGAUCUCAUCGUUGCUACAAUCAGCAGUAACAUACGGCAGAUUGAGUUACAGAAGCUACACCUAAAGUAUAACACUUUAAUUGGUGGUAUAGGAAGUGAUUUGACUCGCCUGGAAGAAAAUUUUACUUCUGUAAUCUGAGUUAAAUUGUGAUAUUGUUGUUAGGUUGAUUUGGUUACGGUUAUGAAUUUUAUACCUUCCACCGCAACACUGGUAUGACUUCCGUUAACUCCCCCCGAUGUCGAGGGUUGUAAGA